UUUAAGGUCUGUCUGGGGAGACUAGGUCAGAGCCAACCAUCAUGAGUCAACCAGAAAUCACUGUUCUCUACUUCGCUGCCGCGUCAACAGCGACUGGCUUGACGGAACAAUCGGUCGCCCUCCCUGCCUCGCAAUACCCACUCUCCUCAUUGAGCGGUUUCCUGGUGUCAUUGCACCCAGAUGUUGGCCUAGACAAGAUCCUUCAGUCCAGUCAAUGGAGCGUAAACGCUGAGAUGGUGGACAACGUCGAAGAAGUAACAUUAAAGGGAGGAGAAGAAGUCGCUAUCAUCUGCCCUGUGUCAGGUGGAUAAAGUCACCAAAAUAUCUCUCAGAAGUCUCGUGGUGCAUUGCGGGAUGAGCUCAAGCCUGGGAUCAAUAUUGGUCUUUUUAGCUGGUGUUCUCUUUGUAUUUUUCUACCUGGUGACACAUCGAAGACCUCAUUCUCGUUUGACGGACGAUAUGGAGAAAGGCACCAGCUCAGAGAACAAGCAAUUGCCAGCUUUCACUGCUCAACGCUUGACGCAGACUACUUUCUUGAUCGUCGAAUGGGAUGACAUCUUUAAUGAACAUCCAUUCAUCUAUGCGAAGGUAGUCCCAUCCGCUAACACCAUCCUCAUCAUGGACACAGGAUGUGGGGGAGCUACGCAUAAUACGGAGAUCGGUUUGAAGAGCUUGAGAGAGUUCAUCGAGACCGUUGAUAUUCCUGAUAACGAUGGAAAGCCUCUUAACGAAGGAGGGAAGAUGAAGUAUAUCGUGGUAGAAAGCCACUGCCAUUACGAUCAUAUCCUUGGCGUGGAACCAUUCGCCACCGACAGCCCCAUUCUCGGCUCAAGCCACUCGCCUAAAUUCGUUUCUCCAGAGAACUUCCCUGCAAACUCUGAAUGCAACUCUCAGGGCAUACGAACCCCAAUCUACGAGCUCACUUUGGUGCCGCACCUACAUGAGAUCACCUCAUCAUCAGGUUUAUCAAUGGGUCUCACAGUCUUGCAUACUCCUGGGCACACUCCCGACGAGCUUGCCUUGUGGGAUGCAGACGAGAGAAUGUUAUAUGUCGGGGAUACCCUAUAUGAAGACGAUCCUAUCAUCUUUCCAAGCGGGGGAUCUUUACCCGUAUGGUUCUCCACCAUGGACCAACUCAUCGAGCUCGUAAAAACGCAACCCGACUCUGAAAACGUGAUGAUCAAUUGCGGGCACGCUACUGCUCUCCGUCCUGCACUUGAGGUGCUCAGGACGUGCAGGAAGUUCAUGGAGAAUGUUGUCUCUGGUGAAGAGCCGCUGAAGAGACGUUAUUUGCGUCGGGGGACGUGGUGUGUCGAGUUUCGGGAGGACAAAGGUCGGUUCUCUCUGAUUUGUCCUGAGAAGCUGGUUCUCGAAGCAAAGGGUGAAGCAGUGGUGUGAUAGUUUUAAAAAUAGGGCAGUUGAACUACAGGAUAGAUCCACUGGAAACGCUACAUUUACAUUUCGAGUUCCUAUCAGUCACACAAGCGAGGGC